AUGAAUCUCAACCUUGCCGCUCUCUCAACUCUAUUGUCCGUCGCGCUAGCCGCUUUGGCAGAGGCCAAGAAACAUCAUCACGCUCAUGGACACAAGAAUGCACACCCAGGCCAUGAAAAGCCCGCACUUGAUGCGCGCGAUGACGCAUCAACUCAUCGAAUUGGUGUUCCCUGGGGAUGCGGUCCUAUCUGUCUCAAGGGUCUCAAGUCUACGAAGCGAACCGACAUUGUAUGGUACCACCAUUGGCAGGACACGAGAAUCUCUGACCUCGACAAGCUCGGCUUUGAAUACGUGCCCACCUUUUGGGGUCCAACCAAAUGGGACAAAUGGAACGCAGUCAAAGCUGAGAUUUCGCAAGGACCUUUGCCAAAGUACUUGCUUGCGUUCAAUGAGCCCGAUGUCCAAAGUCAGUCAGAUCUUGGGCCGAAAGCAGCUGCCAAGCUGUGGAUGCAGGAACUUCAACCUUUUGCUCUCAAGGGAGUGCUCGUAGGCUCGCCUCAGGUUUGCUGGAACAUGCAAUGGCUCGAGCAAUUCAUGCUUGAGUGCAGGAGGCUUGGAUGCAAAAUUGGCUUCAUCCCUUUGCACUGGUACGGAUCGUGGAAAGACUUUGACAAGUUUACCAAGUGGAUCUCGAGCGUACACGAAGCCUACGGAUUGCCUAUCUGGCUAACAGAGUACGGCGUCACACAGGCCAGUGGUGGUUCGCAGGAGGACAUCAAGAACUUCCACAUACGUGCGGUUCACUGGAUGCGUCAACAGGGUUAUGUGACACGAUCUGCUUGGCUCGGCGGCUUCCCUGUCAACAAGAAGCCCGACCCUUACCCUUCCAACCUCAACAGCUACUUUAACGACGACGGCAGCGCACGCGACCUUCUCUGGUGGGCAUCGCACUCCGCCGGCGGUUCGUACCUCAGUCUUCCCGGCAUCCACAGGCGCGACACAGAAUUCUCACCCGUGCACAACAAGACCUACAAGGACGACGACAUCAAGCCGAUCGAACACGAGCAGUACGAUGAAGACCACUGCGACUACAAGUGUCAACUCCGCGAGAACUCCAUCGAAAAGCAUCACCGCAAGAAGAAGGGUAUCGUCGAAGUCACCGAGGGCAACGUUUGCGUGGCCACACCUUCCAAGCUCGAUCGCGAGGAACGCCAAAAGUUGACAACUUGCCUGAAACACGCUGGUUUGCUUGUUCCUGCCUCACCCAAGCAUGAGAAAUCCCACUCGAAGGACACUCAUCACCAUGCUCAUGCUGACACUCCGGAAGCCAAGAGCCCAAUUGUCGCUUGA